GAAUUGCGCAGAGAUGCACAUCUGUCAAGUAUCACUACUCCCAGCCCAUUCGUCUAAGAAAUAUUCCUUUCAAUCUUACAAAAACCAUUCAGCAGGAUGAAUGGCAUCUGCUACAUUUGAGGAGGAUCACGGCUGGAUUCCUGGGCAUGGCAGCUGCUGUCCUGCUGUGCGGGUGUAUUGUAGCAUCAAUGAGCUUCUUCUGGGAAGAAAGUCUCACUCAGCAUGUGGCAGGCCUCCUUUUCCUAAUGGCAGGAAUUUUUUGCACAAUUUCUCUUUGCACAUUUGCAGCCAGCAUUUCAUAUGAUCUUUCACGUCAACCAAAAUUUAUCUAUGGGCUACCAAGUGAUGUUGACCAUGGGUACAGUUGGUCCAUUUUCUGUGCAUGGUGUAGCCUAGGGUUAACAAUGAUGGCAGGCUGUUUGUGCACUGCUUUGCCAUUCCUUAGCAGAACCAAGACAAUUCAUCAAAAGUCCAUCAGAGAUUCUUCCGUGUGAGCACCUUUUGAAAAAUACAGCUGAUUUAUGCGGGAUCUGUGUUUCUCCAUUCUGAUCUUGUGAUGGGAGUGUGGCAUAUGAAUCUUGCACCUGUGUUUUUGAUUCUUUGUAGAUUAUGUCAUAAAAUAUUUACAAUAUAUCCGUUUUUGUGUCUUUAAAAUGCAAAAUGGUUAUUUAAAAGAACUCCACCAUUCAAUGUAAACUAUACAAAAAACUGUCAAACAACUACUGACAAUAUGCCACUUCAAAUUACAAAUACUUUAUGAAUAACCACUGCUGCCUCCAUUUUUCUUUGGUCUUUCCUGUUCUGAGAUGAGUUGAAAUUAUUUUCUUGCGAUAUUUGUUUUCUGCAAUACCAUUUGUAUCAUUAUUGUAUUCCAAAUUCAAAAAGACAGGAAUAUUAAAACUGGGCUUGGCUACUGAAAUAUAUUGAAAUUGUACCUUCAAUUUUAGAAUGUUAUUUUAUUGAUAUCCAACGGGAAAAUAUAUCGAUACUUCUCCAUGAGUAAAGCACACUGGGAGUGAAAUUAGUCUUUGGUGAUAAUGCAAAAUGGGUGAUAGAAAAUUUGGAACCCUUUUUAUAUCUGCCCAAUGUUUUUGCAUUUGAUUUCAAAGAAAACGGAGUGGGAUGUAAAAUGGGCCAAUGAUUCACCAUCACUCACUUAGCAUGACCAACAUCACCCCAUCUACUUUAAACUGCUAGGCCCAAGCAUCAAUUUGCACUUUUACAUUCCAAAUAUUGCCUCACUUAAAGCUGUGGUGAUUAUUUUACUAAACCAUGUACUAUGAGUAAGGUUCAACUGUAAUUAUUUGACAAUACUGUGCUGUCAAUUGCUGUGUUAAAUUUUGUGAAUGAAAAUGUGAAUAAUUAGUACAAUUGUUACAAUAUUUCCCUAAAAUGGUACUGAGUGUAAAUUCUUUGUGCUCUUUAUCUGUAGACACUUUAUUUUGAUAAACUUUAAGUCUCAGUAGCUUAGAAAUUGGAUUGUCCCUGGUUGUACCCCGAUAUGUAUCUAAUCCAGGGCUGGACCAUGCAAAAUUGGCCUACUCGUUUCCUCUGUUGACUGUUGACAAACUGCAGGUGAGGUCAAGGCCCUAGAAGCAAUUUAUGGUUCUGCGAAGAACAAAAAUCAGACAGCUAAGAUGGUAGGCAGAGGAAGAAGGGGAGAUUGGAAGGGAGGGAAAGUUAAUGUGGGGCUGAGAGGAAUACUCCUGCUCCUCCUGGCUUCACAAUAAGGUGAGUUACAAAAAAUAAAUUUUCAGGGAGCAGCCUCCAGCAGACACUUGUUAGUUAGUUACUGCCUGCGACCUUCAUAGUGUACACAAUCAGUCGCUAAAGAGUUUUAGAGGUUGAGCCCUCCAUUGCAUAUACAAAGGGACAACUGCCUUUUUUGGGCACAAGCUGUGGAUACCUUUACCAAUUUAAUCAGCUGUACAUGUUGAGUGUGGCAUGUGUAUAUGGAUGACACCCAUCAUAUUGAUAUUUAGGUGCCCAUUUUAAAGGUGCAAAAGAUUUGAUACCUAUGAAUUUCUGGGCAGGUAUGUUUUCUUUUAAUAUAUAGUCUCCAAGAUAGCUAUUCCUUGUAGGUAUGAGAUACCAUGCUAGAAAACCCGAUUAGCUCCAAUAUGAGAUAAUAUAUGCAUUGCUUUAUAUGAAUUGUCUCCAUUCUUAUAUAUUGUACAAGGAUUCUGUAUGACAAGAAAUUUUUAAUGUCUUUACGUUAGAGAAGUGACAUUUUUUAUUUUCAAUAGUGAGGUAAACA